GCCCCGCCGCGCUCCGCCAGCGCGGCGCACAACACAGAAGACGCGACCGCCAUCAAAGCCAUCAAAGCACCAAGGCGUCUACACCCAAGAUGAGAUUCACACUGCUUCUGGCAGUGUGGUGCUGCAGCGUGCGCGCGCAGAACUACCCCGGUGCGUCGCAGUACUGGUCCAACCAACAACAACAGCCGCAGCAGCAGCAACAACAACAACCACAGCAGUUUCAGCAGGCGUACCAACCCCAGCAGCAGCCUCAGCAGCUCGGAGGCCAGAACCCGUUCCGCCCCCAGCAGGGCCUCCAGGGACACCAGCAACUCGGCUUCGGCCAGCAGAACGGACAACAACAACAACAACAGCAGCAGCCGGGCUUCCCGCAGGGCGGCCAACAACAACAACAGCCUGGAUUUCAGCAAGCCGGCUUUCAGCAGGGCCCGCAGCAGCAGCCUGCUUUCCGUCAGCAGUUCGGCAACGACGACAGACUGCGGCCGGGCGAGACGACCAUCUCGCCCUUCCAGAGCAGACUCUUCUCUGGAGGCGCCGGAGCCCCCAACGCGGCGGCCGGACUGGGGGCUCCCAACGGCACUGGCGCUCCCAGCGCUCCCGGCGGCCCCGGCGCCCCCAUGGCUGCAGGUGCGGCCGGCACUCCCAGCGCCCCUGGCGCUCCCUCGCAGCACGGCGUCCAGCAGGACAACAACGUGUCCAACAACAACAACAACCUGGAGCUGGAGCCGUUCGGGGCGGUCAGGCAGCCCCAGCCUGGACGGCCCGACUCGCAGGUGUUCCAGACCCCGACGGACCAGGCGCUGUACGCCGUGGACUGGUCGUACCCGCGCGCGCGCAACGCCCCGGCCACGCUGAUGCUGAAGCGGUGGGGCGGCCUCUCCCCGCCCGAGUACGUGGCGGUGUACCGCCUGCGCGGGCCGACGCCGUCCUCGUCGGCCGCCCUGCACGCCGCCGACCUGGCCGCGUCGCCGUCGUACUCCCUGGCCCGCGACGAGAUGCGGCACUACCCCUGGGACGCGGCUCGCCGCCACGCGCCGCCGCGCUGGCACGGCCAGGGGCACGGCGCGCCGCGCGACGAGGACUUCGAGCUGCUGCCCGCCGGCAUGCCGCUCACCCACCACCACGGCGUCGACGGCCACUACGGCGCCAGCCAGAACUACAUGUACCGCACGCUGUGAGGAGCACUGCCUCCGCCGCUGUCUCUCUCGCAGGGCGGCGGCCAGAGGAAGAGGAACCCACCCCCCUCGCUGGCGGACUGCCUGCUUCACCGAGCAGGACGAAGAAGCCGAAGAUUGGUCAUUGUGUGCAUGUUUACGUGUUUGUGAUUUAAAAUGGAAAUAAAAAUGAGCACUGCUUGAAACCGCC